AUGGCGGAGCGCGUGGGUUUAUGGGAGACGAAGGAGGUUUACUCGGAGAGGUAUGGCCAGGUGCUACGAGUGUUUGGAGUCGAGGAGCGCAGCGUCCGGGACUCCUUGCGGCAUGAUAUCCGCGAUUUUGAUAAUAUCACUCGUGGUCUGAAAGCUGCCGAUGUUUACAGCAGUCUCACCGUCUUUAAGAUGAUGGACAGCUUGUUGUGCAUGCAAGAUCCCUCGAUGGCUCCCACGCUGCCACUCCUGCUGACUGCCGGCAUCGAGCCCGAGCCUAAACCCAAACCCAGACUCAGGUGCCAGGUCUACGACCGUUUCGUUAACAACUUACAAGAGGACGUGGGGGCGAUCUCAUCAGCCUUCCGCACACGCAUCUCGUCCAACGAAGGUUCUGCGCACCCAGACAAUGCCGUUGCCUCACCACCAGCUGGCGACAAGAUAGGAGCGCAGAUUGCGAACGCAUGUUCGCAGCUGAGUGCGGGUGUUACAGUGAGCACAGUCACUAUAAACUUCCUUUUGGCUGCUCUCGCUAUGCGUUUCGUGAGAUGGUCGGUUGCGAGACCAUUGAACGAGGAUCAAGAGCCAAUUCCUCCAGGCGUACCCGAAUUCUCCAAGUUCAACCAUUAUCUGCGUGAUGUCUGCGGUGUAGGACGCGUCGUCAGGGAGAGUGCGGACUCACACAAUCUACUCCAGGCCCUUUACAGCAUGAUCUAUAUCUCUCCGCUACUCCUAUUGACCCCGGCGCUGCUGCAUGAUAAUCCUUUAGCUUUUGGCAAACAUCUGAUGUACUCGCGAUUUAUGCGCGCCCCUGCUCAAGACAUGACGCGCUGGAUGGUCGAAGGCAAGAUAGUACAAGUAGCUCUCGAUCUCGCCUUCACAUCUGAGGAGUUCAACUUGGACACCGCACAAAUCAAGAUACAGGACGUCAUCGAAUCCGCACAACCAAUGAUUACAUCGCCAAUUGUCAUGGGCUUCCCGGCAGUGGGUGAUCUACAAUGGCUCGAGGAAACUUGCUUGGACUCGCAGCGCGCUUCUGGUGUCGACGUUAACGCUCUCGCGGGUCAGAAGCGGGUGGGCGAGGAGUUGGAAACACCGAGAGCCAAAGCGCAACCCCUGCGCCCUUAUCAGGAGCAGGAAUCCGAUAAGGCCGACGAAGGUCUUGAGAUACAAGCUCCGCGCCCUUGCCACGAUAAGCUUGACGAAGGUCAUGAGAUGCAACCUCUGCGCCCUUUCCCGGAGCAGGAACUUGGCGAGGUUGAUGGAGCUGAUGGCUCGUAUUCUCUGGAUUCUGAGCCUGAGCCGAAAAUCUUGAACCUUGACAAAGACGACAGGAUGACCGGCACUGGCGGCGAUACGAUAUCCGAGGAGGACUCGUGUACUGAUGAAGAGGUGCAACAGUGGCUUGCAAGAGUUCUCGAAGAACCCACCUUCAGCUUGCGGAUCCCUCCGUUACCAGAGGCAACCCUGACCAAUGCUCAACUCCAGGAAUACAGGCGGCUACCCACCCUGCAGAAGAAAGCGUUAUUGCGUUGUCAUUCCGAGAUUGAGCGCGAGACUGUUCUGCAAGUUUGGCUUGACGAGAUAGCAGAAGAACAGUAUCAGAAGCAGAUACAGGACUUGGCCGAUAAGCUUUCCCCUGCAGAUCAAGGCGCCUUGCAUGAAAGUCCUUGCGAUGAACUUGCUGGCCCGUCUCCAAGUAAUGAAGAGCCCUCGCCAGUCGGCGAAGAACUCGCACCAUCCAAGCAGACACCGUCCUGGACGUCACCAUCAAACAUCUCGGCCACCCCGUCACAGCCCACUGUCUCAGACAAUUGUCGGUCCGUCGACAUCACGUACGAGACUGUCCAUAAGUCCCAUACAGUCCCGGUCACGCUUCCGGGACCAGACGGUUACCGGCAACGCAUCUGCGAAUAUCUGAAGGGCGUUGAAAAUCUCAAGGACCGUUUUGACGUCCACGACGCCACCGCACAAUUUUGCGAACUCAAGCAUGAUGAAUUCAAAAGAAUGCGCACGAAUGAUAUCCUACGGGAACUUGGCGAUGGCCACACGAUCUACCUCAAGAGCCUCCCGUUAUUUCUCAAUGACUGGGAGUGGGAGCUUGAGUAUUUGGAGAGGGUGGGUGGUUCGACGCAAUGGCAUGAGGUCGUCAAACCCAAGGUACCAAGAACCUCUUCUGAGAUGCAACGCGAUUUGGUGGAGUACAGUUGCAUGCAACUACCAUCUUUCUUACGCGAGGCGUCGGAGAACUGCGGCUGGGAUAUGCCGAAGAUUGAGCUUUCGCACACCCCCGAAUCAUUCCCCCGAUAUAGCGACCUAGCUGAACAUCUGAUGGCCCUAUCCUGUCGAGAAGGGGUGGUGGGGGAUAUCGAAGCCGGCCGAGAGUUUUUGGGUGGAGUACAAACGCAAUGGAAACCUUUGGUGGAUGUCUGGGGUGCCGAAGUGGUUUCACGCGUCUCUAGCGGGUUCCAAUGGGCGAGUCUAAGCCAUCCCGGUGCACAUACGUUCACCCGCAUCGAUACUGGAGGCGCAUGCUCGUAUAUCCUCAAUCUUUCGGGGACGAAACGUUGGUCGACUGCUUGUACUUACCGCCCCAGGACUCAGACAGCUCGACUUCCUUCUGAGGCAGUUUCGUACGCUGCAACCUUUGAACCGUGUCAGGCGAAUCUCGGACGGGGAGGUAUGCUGUACUGGAGGUCUGUACUGACAAAGAAGCGGACGGCUAUCAUCAUGCGACCGGGCAUGGAACACGCGCAAUUCACAAGCGGGACAGAAGGGUGCGCCAUGAUUGGCGCAUACUUCUUCAACUCCGCCUGUCUGGGGGCGAGCUUUUGUGUGUAUGUGUCGACCCUGAUUGGGCUCUCGAAUCUCACAGACACAAUCCGCCAUUCGAUUCUACCCACGAUACAAGCAUUUCCGUGCUGGUGGGCCACCGCUGUGGAUGGAAGUAAAGCAUCUCGGUCGAUGCCUCGUUGGAAGCAGGAAGGCGCGGAGCAAUUUAUCGCCGCCUUCGCGUUCGUCAUCUUCAACUCGACUCUCACGUACGAGAAUUAUGCGCAGAACGAGUGUCAAGAGUACUCAUCGGCUCUCGACGUGAGUGAGGAUGUACGCUUAAAGAUCGCACGCGCGUCCGUCCUUCAUCUUUGGUCGGACGCGUGCUCCCGACACAGGAUAGAAAUGGAGGGAUGCCCUGGCUUACUGCCGGUCAUGACCUACGUCGGUCGGGCUAUGAUCACUUGCGCAAAGUGCUGGAGGGACUCUCGGAAGGGAUGGACCGCAGUGCAAGUCGAGCGCAUAACGGAGCUGGUGUUGCACGACUUGAGGGAGGCAUUUGGGGACGCAAUCGACGCUCGCGACCUCACCGCCCCAUUGAAGCCCGAUGCGAAGUUUCUGCCGACCGUACUCGUCAAGAAAGGUGUCACCCCGCGCGAGGAGUUGUGGUCAACAUGA